AUGGAAACUAAUCGAAACUGUGUAUCGAACAAGCAACUGACUUGUGCAUCACUUCCAAAUAUUUUCAAUACUUGUGAAUCGAAGAACUUAAUACAAAUACAACGAAGUAGUAGUUUACAUUUUUCGACAAGAUCAUGUUCGUUAAAACUUCAGUCUUGUAAUCGAGAGAAAGAUAAAAUGAAAGUCUCUAAUCCAACCAUUGGUGAUUUACUUGGCGAUGAUGAUUUAUUUCAUUCUCGUUAUCAUCAUUAUUAUAGUUCAAAAAGAUCUACACGUAAACGACACUAUUCGUCUUCUCACCAUUCUAAUAACGAUCACUAUCGUUCGAAACAUCGCCGAUCAACUCAUUCACAUCGACCAGAAAAUUUCCAACAUCCAAUUGCGCCGUCAACUACCGCUGAAUCUACUCUAAGCUCAAGUCAAGUUUAUCCGUACCCAACAUUCUAUAAUUAUUUACCAAUAUCUUCUUACGGUUAUUAUUGCUAUUCAAAUAUGGCUUCAUAUUGCCCAUGCCUCGUAUCCGAUUGCUGCGCAAGAUUAUAUUAUAACGAAACAGGGUAUGAAUCCUUAUCUGUGUACGAUCAUGAGUGCCAAUAA